GGAAUGAUGGCUGUUGAAGAGGAAGAAGUCAAGGAGGUCUUGCAGAAAUUGCAGGAACUGGUGGAUCAGCUGUAUUCAUUUCGCGAGUGCUAUUUUGAGACACAUAGUGUUGAGCAUGCUGGGAGGAAGCAACAAGAUGUGCGGGAAGAGAUGGAGAAGACCCUGCAGCAGAUGGAGGAAGUAGUGGGUUCUGUCCAGGGCAAUGCCCAGGUUCUGAUGCUGACCGGGAAAGCACUGAAUGUGACUCCUGACUAUAGCCCUAAGGCUGAGGAGCUUCUGUCAAAGGCUGUGAAGCUGGAGCCCAAGCUGGUAGAAGCCUGGAACCAGCUGGGUGAGGUGUACUGGAAGAAAGGGGAUGUUGCAGCUGCCCACACCUGCUUCUCAGGAGCCCUCACCCAUUGCAAGAACAAAGUCUCCCUUCAAAACCUGUCAAUGGUGCUUCGCCAGCUGCGGACUGACUCCGGAGAUGAACAUUCUCGCCAUGUCAUGGACAGUGUCCGACAGGCUAAGUUGGCUGUGCAGAUGGACAUCCUUGAUGGCCGUUCCUGGUAUAUUCUGGGGAAUGCCUACCUUUCUCUUUACUUCAAUACUGGCCAGAACCCUAAGAUCUCCCAGCAAGCCCUCAGUGCUUAUGCCCAAGCAGAGAAGGUUGACAGGACAGCUUCCAGCAAUCCUGAUCUUCAUCUGAACAGGGCAACGUUACAUAAAUAUGAGGAGAAUUAUGGUGAGGCUCUGGAGGGCUUCUCUCGGGCUGCAGCACUGGACCCUGCCUGGCCAGAGCCCCGGCAACGAGAGCAACAGCUCCUGGAUUUCCUGACUAGAUUAACCAGCCUCCUUGAGAGCAAGGGAAAGGUGAAGGCCAAAAAGUUACAGAGCAUGCUGGGAAACUUGCGCCCAGCCCACCUGGGCCCUUGUGGUGAUGGGCGCUAUCAGUCAGCCUCGGGGCAGAAGGUGACUCUGGAGCGCAAGCCCCUGAGUGCUCUGCACCCUGGUGUAAAUAGUGGAGCUGUGGUCCUGGGAAAGGUGGUGUUCAGCCUCACCACGGAGGAGAAAGUCCCCUUUACAUUUGGCCUGGUAGAUUCAGAUGGACCUUGCUAUGCAGUUAUGGUGUAUAAUAUGGUGCAGAGCUGGGGAGUGCUCAUUGGGGACUCUGUAGCCAUCCCUGAGCCUAACCUUCGUCUUCACCGAAUUCAGCACAAGGGAAAGGACUAUUCCUUUUCCAGUGUUCGUGUGGAAACACCCCUCCUGCUGGUGGUGAAUGGGAAGCCUCAGGGCUCCAGCAGCCAGGCUGCUGCCACGGUGGCAUCGAGGCCACAAUGUGAAUGACCCUCCUUGGAUUGCAUGCUGAAGAGAGAGUGGAGGCAAGGAGAUAAGCUCAAGGGCACUUGGCAGCUCCAUCAGCCACUUCUAGUAAUGCAACUGGAAUUGGGAGGAUGUUUUAGAUUACAGCUUUUCUUCCUCUGCCCUGUAAGACGCUUGUGUCUUGUAUUAUGUUUCAGCUCUCUCUGGGGCCACACAUGUUCGUGGUAUAUCUCUCCUGCCUCUUUGCUUGCUCUUCUAUGUUUUGGCAAAGAGUGUGGAAUUGGUAGAAGGGUUGGGACCUUGCCAUGGGAUAGAGUCCCCAAGGUUCCCCUUCUUGCCUCCU